AUGGGGACCCAGGUCAGCCAGUGCAAAGCUCCCACCAGGAACCCCAGGCUUUGCGAUCUCCUGGAACCUUCCUGUGCUCCUCUGUUAUGGGACGAGGAGUCCAACAAGCUUAUCAUUGCGUCAGCUGGUGAAAUGGCCCUUUACGGUGUGCAAAAUGCCACCACCACCAGUAAAACAAGCAAAGGAAGAGCAAAACUUCCAGAAAAGGAUCCUGAAGCCGGAGAGCUUUGUUACUCUAAUGGUAUUAAUAUUAAUAAUGGUGUUGACUAUGCUGAGUGUCUGAAGUAUUGUGAGCUGCUCCACCCAUAUUCGUUGGGUGAAAGGUGCCUAUGAGAUGGUGUGGCAGAGAAGGAAAAUGAGCUGGAGUGGAAGAAACCAGAGCCAGGGAAGCCAACAUGCCAGAGUCCAUUGCCUGGCUAAGGAGCAGAAAAAGGAAGACAAAUGCUUUGAAGGAAAGAGGGAAGGACAAAAAGCUGGACUGCAAAGUUCUACUUUCAUUUUUUGUUGUUUUUGUUUCUUUAUUUAAGAAAAGCAACAAGGGGUCCAGGCACAGUGGCUCACGCCUGUAAUCCCAGCACC